UUACUAAUGAUAUGCAGCCAUUUGGGCAGUAACAGCUAAGAGAAGUCCACUAAAACAUUUCCCUGUGCGCUGGAAAGAGCAAAAGAAGAGUAGAAUUGAAGUGAAGUUUCAUUCCAUGAUGAAGAGCCUCCUCAUCUUCACCCUCUCACUAAUAUCAGGUCCAGUGGGCUGUGUUGUGACUGGAUACACAGGAGGAAGCAUCAUUAUAAUCUCUGAUCUAAAAUGGGAUUUCAGAUAUAUUAGAUAUAUUUGUAAGAAAGAAAGAACAUCAUGCACUGAUAUAAUACGUACUGACACCACAAAGAAUUCUGUUCAAGAGGGAAGAUUCAUGCUGUAUGAAAAUACAAGAGGAUUUGUGACAGUUUUAAUCAGGGGUCUGGAGCCACAGGAUGCUGGAACAUACAGAAUGGGAGUAGGAAGUUGGUUGAGUACUGAUGUGACACUGACAGCUACUAAUGAUUCUUGUUGUCCUGGGCCAAAAACAAUGCAUGCUUUUCCUGGACAGAAUAUCAGCAUCAUCUCUAACUAUCCUGUGGUAUACGACAGACACUACAAGUAUAUCAUGAAACUUGACAAUGGCAGUGUUUUAAAUGACAUUGUAGAUACUCACACCCAAUCCCAGAACAACAGAUUCUCCAUUUCUGAUGACAGAAAUGCUAAAGUUCUCGGUCUGAGCAUCAGUAAUGUGACAGAAGCUGAUGAUGGAGUUUAUUUAUGUGGAGUCUUCAACAGAAUGAACUCAGUACAGUAUUUUUCCUUCUUCACAGAGAUUCAGCUGCAUGUUAGAGCCAAAUCAUGGACAGAAAUCUCAUCUGAUAGAAAGAAUUUCACCGAAGCACCGAUAGAAAUCUCAUCUGAGAGUGCAUAUUUCAGUCACUCUAAUAUCAUCAUCAUCAUCAUUAUCAUCAGUGUGUGUGUCUGUGUGACUCUGCUGCUGACUGGAGGAUUUACACUGCUGAUGAUCUACAAACUGAGACAGAAAGGAACACAAGGUUCAAGACCUUCAUCCCAAGACAAUGGACAUGCUUCUUCUGUUUAUGAGAAUGACCUGCCUAAUUUACCACCAUAUGAAAACUUGAACAUGAAAAUGAGAUCCAAUCAUCAGAAUCUGGAUUCAUCUACAAACCAGUCAGAUUCAACAUACCAGACACUGGACCCACUCACCAACCAAUCAGAUUCAGGCUACAUGUCUCUGAGUAACACCACCGACCAAUCACAUUCACACUACCAGUGCCUGAAUCCAAGAACUCAGAUGCUGCGUCCUCCGGAGAUUGCAGUUUGCUGCAUAUGUCAUCAAGAAUGUCUUUUUUGAGAAAAGUAACCGUAAUAAAUUGACUAUUCAAAUUCAAAUUCAAAUUCAAAUUCAAAUUCAAAUUCAAAUUCAAAUUCAAAUUUUAUUUGUCACAUACGAAAUCAUACAUAGUACGACAU